UUUUCCCCUUUAGUAUUAUUCCACAGUCUCUGAAGAUUUGCAUUUUGACUUUUUCAGUGGAUUGAACCAGUCUGAGAGGGAAACUAUCUGGAGAGAAGUAUCUGGGCUCCAGCUUUCCUACCCUGGGAUAGACAGAAGCUGGGAGGGGCUAUAGAGUACAAAUAUUCCAUGCCCCGGCCCCAUUUUCCCGAGUUCCCCUUACUCCGCCCCUUAGUACAUCCGUGGCCCCUGCUGGACCUUGCCCCAGGUCUGCUGAUAAGAUGAAGCAAAUUCAUGUCAGGUCCUGCUAGCAAGGUCCUUUCCCUUCCCGGAACUUCAGCUUUGCCGGACAGGACAGCAAGAAAGUCAAACAACCUGACAGACGUGUCGGAAUGGUUGUAAUAGGCUCUGUUAUCGGGGCCUGCGAUCCCCUCUUAGGCAUCUGGAGUUCGAAUGAGACUCAGGCGCUAGGACUGCAGGUGUUCAGCCCAUGUCUCUUGAAUGCAACUGUGGCCUGGCUCCCCUCAAUCUACCUGUGGAUCAUUAGUCCCUUCUACUUCCUCUACCUUCGCUACAACAACAAGGGUUAUAUUCGGAUGUCUUGGCUCUUCAAAACUAAAAUGGUGCUUGGAUUUACCUUCAUCCUCCUGUGUUCUUCUAAUAUAAUCUUCAUUCUUUGGAAAAUCAAAGGUGGAACCCCUCAAGCCCCUGAAUUCCUGAUCAGCCCUACAAUAUGGCUUGUCACAAUGACCCUGGCCAUGUUCCUCAUGCAUUCAGAGAGACAGAAGGGCAUCCAGUCAUCAGGAGUGCUGUUCAUUUACUGGCUCCUUUGUUCUCUCACCAUGGUGGCCACAGUCAGUGCCACAGUGUACCAAGCCCAGCAAGGAGGCUUCCCAGAAGAUACUUUUCACCACCUCACAACCUAUUUUUAUUCAGCUCUAAUUGGUGCACAAUUUAUAUUGUCCUUCCUAGCUGACCAGCCUCCAUUCUUCUCAAAAAUCCUGUGUUCCUCAAACCCAUGUCCUGAAUCUGGAGCCUCAUUCCCUUCCAAAGCCACAUUCUGGUGGUUUUCUAGACUAGUGUGGCAGGGCUACAAGAAGCCCUUAGAGCUGGAUGACCUUUGGUCACUUGGGAAAGAAAAUUCAUCUGAAGAAAUCAUAUGCCAACUUGAAAGAGAAUGGAAGAAGAUCUGUAAUGAAACCCAACAGACCAAAGAAGAAGUAGGAUUUGAAAAGAGUGGAAGAAAUAGAGUUAAACAAACAUCCCCUUCAGAGACUGAAGUUUUCCUGCAGGAGCACCAGACUUCUCGACUCCCUUUGCUGAAAGCAAUCUGGAAAGUGUUUAAUGUCACCUUCCUCCUUGGCACUCUCAGUUUAAUUAUCUGUGAUGUCUUCAGGUUUGCAGUCCCAAAGAUUCUAAGCAUUUUUCUAGAGUUCAUCAGUGACCCUCAGGCUCCAGUAUGGAAGGGCUAUUUCUAUGCAGUGCUACUUUUCCUUUCUGCUUGCCUGCAAACCCUGUUUGAACAGCGCUAUAUGUAUGUGUGCAUGGUCCUGGAACUACGACUGAAGACAGCUGUGAUAGGCCUGGUGUACAGGAAGGUUUUAGCUCUUUCAAGUACUACACGGAAAACUGCUGCAGUGGGAGAGAUCAUCAAUCUGGUGUCUGUGGAUGUACAGAAAUUGAUGGAUGCUGUUUUGUAUCUGAAUGGUCUUUGGCUUCCUGUGGUCUGGAUGACCAUCUGCUUCAUAUUUCUUUGGCAGCUCUUAGGUCCGUCUGCUCUGACUGCCAUUGCUGUCUUCCUCAUCCUUCUUCCUUUGAAUUUCAUCAUCACCAAGAAAAGGAGCCGUUUUCAGGAGGAACAGAUGCUGCAUAAAGACCAUCGGGCCCGGCUAACAGAUUCCAUUCUCAGAAACAUGAAAUUCAUCAAGUUACAUGGCUGGGAAGAAGCUUUUAUGGAGAAGAUCCUAAGUAUCCGUAGAGGAGAACUUCAGGCCUUGAAGAAUUCUGGGUUCCUCUUCACAGUGUCUUUGGUGUCCUUCCACUUGUCCACAUUUCUGGUUGCCCUGGUCAUGUUUGCUGUUCAUGCACUGACAGAUGAGAAGCAUGUCCUGGAUGCUGAAAAAGUUUUUGUGGCUCUGACAAUCAUCAACAUUCUCAAUAGGGCCCAAGCUUUCCUGCCAUUUUCCAUUAAUACCAUCUUCCAGGCCUGGGUUUCCUUGGCUCGCCUAGUUGCUUUCCUCCAUCUGGAAGAGAUAGAGCCCAGAGCAAUUAAUACAAGACCCAUGGGGAAGGAGUGCAUCUCUGUCCAAGAUGGCACUUUUGCAUGGUCCCAGGAAAGCUCUCCCUGCCUGCAAAGAAUAAACUUGGCUGUACCACGGGGCUCCUUGUUUGCUGUAAUUGGCUCAGUGGGUUCAGGGAAGUCCUCAUUGCUGUCAGCCCUCCUAGGGGAAUUGCCCAAAUUGGAGGGAUAUAUGAAGAUUAAGGGCUCAGUGGCUUAUGUACCCCAAGAAGCCUGGAUCCAGAAUGCUUCUGUGGACGAGAACGUGUGCUUUGGGCAGAAUCUAGAUGUUCAAUGGUUAGACAGAGUUCUGGGGGCUUGUGCAUUGCAUCCAGACAUUGCAAGUUUUCCUGCUGGAAUCCACACAGAGAUAGGUGAACAGGGCAUUAACCUUUCUGGAGGCCAGAAGCAGAGGCUGAGUCUGGCUCGUGCUGUGUACAAGAAAGCAUCUGUCUACCUAUUGGAUGACCCUCUGGCAGCCCUAGAUGUUCAUGUUGGCCAGCAUAUCUUUGAUCAUGUCAUUGGGCCAUCCGGAUUGCUCCAGGGAAUGACUCGCAUUCUUGUGACCCAUGCAGUCCACAUUCUACCACAAGUUGAUCACAUUAUUGUGAUGGCAGAUGGAAUAAUUGCUGAGAGUGGUUCCUAUCAAGAGCUACUACAGAGGAAUGGUGCUUUUGUAGACUUUCUGGGACAGUCAAAACAGGAAGAUGUCAAUCACAGCCAAGAAAUGAAGCUGUCAGAAGUUAAGAACUCCAGGAACAUUUCAGAAAGUGAGGCUGCAGGAAAACCAGACAGCUCCAUGGAGGACUACCAUGGAAAAGAUAGCACAACCUCCCGGAGCCAGGCUGAGGGCACCAAGAUGGCAGGACAGCUGACCCAAGGGGACAAAGUACAAUAUGGCAGGGUGAAUGCCACUCUGUACCUGGCCUACCUGAGAGCAGUGGGGACACCAAUCUGCCUUUCCGUGGUGUUUUUAUUUCUCUGUCAGCAAGUGGUCUCCUUCUCCCGUGGUUACUGGCUCAGUCUUUGGGCAGAUGACCCCAUCAUGAACGGAACCCAGCAGCACACAGGACUUCGGGUUGGGGUCUUUGGUCUCCUAGGCUGUUUCCAAGCCAUUGGAAGGUUUGGCUCCAUUGCAGUUGUCCUACUGGGAGGAGUUCGAGCAUCUCAACAGCUGUUCCAAGGGCUUCUGCAUGAUGUGGCCCGAUCCCCCAUGACAUUCUUUGAGCAGACCCCUAUAGGAAAUUUGCUCAAUCGCUUCUCUAAAGAGACUGAUGCCAUCGAUGCUGUGAUCCCAGACAAGUUCAAGUCUUUUUUAGGCUUUCUAUUUGGACUUUUGGAAGUGAUUUUGGUGGUAGUGGUAACUACUCCACUGGCUGCUCUGGUAGUCCUGCCUCUCAUAGCUCUCUACAUUGGGCUUCAGAGCCUGUAUAUUGCCAGUUCAUGCCAGCUAAGGCGCUUGGAGUCAGCUAGCCGCUCACCCAUCUAUUCCCACAUCUCAGAGACAUUCCAAGGGAAUGCUGUGAUUCGGGCCUUCCAGGCUCAGGACCAGUUUAUUGCACAGAAUGAUUUGCGGAUAGAUGAGCACCAGAGAGCCAGCUUCCCCAGGCUGGUUGCUGACAGGUGGCUGGCAACCAAUAUGGAACUCCUAGGAAAUAUUCUCAUCUUCUCUGCUGCCUUCUUCGCUGUGUUCAGCAAGCCUCAUCUCAGUCCCGGAAUUGUAGGGUUUUCUGUGUCAGUGACUCUCCAGGUGACUGAGAUCCUACACUGGGCAGUGCGCUCUUGGACAGACUUGGAGAACAACAUUGUCUCUGUGGAGAGGAUGAGAGAUUAUACUAUGUCCUCCAAGGAGGCCCCUUGGAUCCUGCCCCAUAAUAGGGUCUGUCACACCUGGCCUGCUAGGGGGCAGAUUGAAUUUCGAGGUUACAGCCUAAGGUACAGGCCAGAGUUAGCACUGGCCUUACGGAAUCUGACUCUGAAAAUUUACCCACAGGAAAAGGUUGGCAUUGUUGGCCGAACAGGGGCAGGGAAAUCAUCCCUCACCAUUAGCCUCUUGAGGCUCAUUGAAGCUGCAGAAGGAGGGAUCUGGAUUGAUGGGAUCAAUAUCAGUCAAGUGGGACUCCAUACCCUGAGGUCCAAAAUAACCAUCAUCCCUCAGGACCCAAUUUUGCUUCCUGGCUCCGUGAGAAUGAACCUUGAUCUCUUCGAUGAAUAUUCUGAUGAUGAGAUUUGGGGGGCACUAGAAAUGGUUCAGCUUAAGACCUUUAUUUUAGGUCUCCCUGGCCAGCUACAAUAUGAAUGCUUAGACCAAGGAGAUAACCUGAGUGUAGGCCAGAAGCAGCUCUUAUGUCUGGCCAGAGCCCUGCUCCGGAAAACCAAAAUCCUUUUCCUAGAUGAAGCUACAGCUGCUGUGGAUCCUCAAAAUGAUCUCCAGAUUCAGGCUAUCCUCAGAAAUCAGUUUGCAGAUUGCACAAUAUUGACCAUUGCUCAUCGUCUGCACACAGUGAUGGAUUGCAACAGGAUUCUAGUCAUGGACAAUGGAGCAGUGGCAGAAUUUGAUACCCCAGCCCAAUUGCUGGCUCAAAGAGGGCUAUUCUACAAAUUGGCAGAAGAGUCAGGCCUCAUCUGAUUAAGUUCUGGAGAACCAGCUAUUAAUGUCUUCAUAAAAAGAACAUCCACCCAUAAUCCAGAAUAGACUCACACUUGGUCUAAAUUUGAAUGCCUCCAUAAAGUGGGAUCAGAUGCCUAAGACAAGAUCUACUAUAAGUAGGACAGGAAAGAGCUCAGUCUUGGUGGAUCUUAGGCCACAUCAGUGACAGUGAUUUUUGUGUCCCAGAGAUUCACAGAUGGCUCUGGGGUUAUUACUUCAUUUCACUAUACUAUUCAUUCUUAACACACAACUGUAGUAUCAAGGAACAAUUCAAUAGGAAAAAGGGCAUGAGUGGGACCCAAAGAAUCAUCAGCCCCUGCUUUCCACAGAGUCAAUAUCAGCCCCCUGUUAACCCUUCCCGGCUUUAUUUCUGCAAUCCACUGCCAUCCCAUAUAGGUGCUGGAAUAAAGUGCCUGAUGAUACUA